AUAUUGAUGGCUACAUUUAGUUCCAACCUUUUUUUUCCACAGACAAACCGCACUUUAUAUCCUGCGAGUAUCUUGGGUUCAGGCACACUACCCACCACAGGUGACCCGCCCCUCGACGCUUCAAAUCUAACAUCGCGUUCAACGUACGCUCUGCGUGCUUCCCAGAAGGCUCUGCGCAUGUACCCUGGACACGUGACCAACUGGGCUGUUUUUGUGUCUGCUGUAACUGCCAAUGGUAUUGCAGUGGAGAGCGUGACUAGAGAGAAAGGUUUACACCGCCUGGCUCUGAAGCUAUCAAGAUAUGUCAGUGCUAAAGCUUCUCAAGAAAAAGACGAUCUCCUACAGAGCCUCGGUACCAGGCCCUCAGGGUCACACGCGUCGCUUGCUGACGCUGUCUACAAGUGGACCCUGCUUCACACGGGCUACUGCUUGCUGAACUGCGGGCUCACGCAGGAAGCUUUGCAGCACUGUGAACAAGUCCUUGCUGCAUAUAGCGAUGUUCCUCAGCUAUCAACCGGUGUUCACUUCCUCAAGGCUCAAGUAUUACUGCAGAUGGGGGACUCGUCGGAGACUGGGCUAAACUCACUCCAGGCCUCCGUGCUGUCGAGUCCACACCACUCUGCGCAUGCGUGGCAGCUCGUCGCGCAAGUUCAGAGCAAACUGGGCGCACCCAUGGCGGCUGAGCUGUGCUAUCGCCAAUGUCUCCAGGCAGGAUCUGGCAAAAGAUCAACAAGUUGGCGCCUAGUCCCCCUUAUUCGACUGGCUCUCCUCGCGCUGCAACAAAUCCAGGCUAACGAGGCUAACCGUGAGCGAUGGGAGGCACUGUGUACCGAGGCGUCGACCGAGGUUUUGAAACUCGACCCAAGUUGCACUGCAGCCAGACUUAUCCAGGCAGUUGCACAGUGUAUUCUUGGAAACACCAGGUCAGCCAGGCGUUCCUUGCAGUGUGUUAGCGACACGACAUCUGCCGCGUCACUAGUGGCCCGAUACUGGCUCCUUCAGCUUCCGUCUAAAUAAGGAAUUAGUCAGAAUAGUGGAAUCCUUUACAAGGUUUUAAACUUCAAGCUGUAUUUUUUUCUUAUUUCUAGGCAUGUUUAUAGGCAAGACUUAUUUCAUAAAAUGAUAAAAAAGCAAGGGCUUAAUUCGUGACAACCGGAAACUAUAGCCAAGAGUCAUGCAACAAAUUUCUAUUUACCAUCAACGUGAAAAAUGUGACGAUAUCUUAUAACAUGCUCGCCGCUUAUCAAUUCUCCUCACACAUUCAGUAGAGUUAGGCAAAAUUUAUAUUUUGAUAAGUAAAAAAUUUGGUGUAAAGUUCCAUUAACUGAAACUCAAAAUAUAUAGCUACUCAUAUUCUCAUCUGAUUCAUGGAAAAGUUAAUAUUUUCAAACUGUGAAUAACAACAUUCCAAGUACCUGAAAGGUUUUUAUCCGUUUUCAAUGUUUGUACAGCUUUGAUUUGCCUUUGUAAAUCUAAACGGUAUUAUCACUUGUAAAUGGUGUUUUCUCAACAAAACGCUUGACUUUGUAAACAUUCGCCACAAAAACUCAUCAACUUAACUUAUAUCAUGAUGAGCUUAACAAAAUGCCACAUGAUUUUA